AAGAUACCGGAGUUUGAGUAAGAGGUAAUUAUAAGGUGAAGUUAUGUUUAGACGUACCUUGAAAACAACAUUGAGUGGCCGGACAGCUGUUGUCAAUGGGAUCGGACUGAGGACUGGAGGAUUGAAGUGGGUUCAAACGAGGUUUGCAUCCGGAGGAAGUACAACAGAAGCCGGCAAGGGAACAGAUGCCGAUACCAGUACGGGAACGAGUGGCGUGAACUAUUUUAAGAUGUUUCCACAGACGUUUCCCACCGGGAAAGAGGUUCCUGGAUACGGGUUUUUGGUUGAUGUGAAGAAGCUCCGGAAAGAAUACCGGAAAUUGCAGAGCGUUAGUCAUCCGGACUUGAACAACAUCCUGAACAAAGCAGGAGGAGCUAGUGAAGGUAGUGACGGGGUGGCGUCAUCACUGAUUAACAAGGCAUAUGAGACUUUGUCUGAUCCUUUGAAGAGAGCGCAGUAUAUCUUGUUAAUGCAGGCAGGCAUUGAUUUGUCGAACGACGAGGUGGGCAAAAGUUUACAGUUUCAAGACAAAGCGAUGUUAUUUGAGAUGAUGGAAAUCCACGAGCGGUUGGAGAGCAUCAUGAACGAGCGAGAGCUCGAAGAUAUGAAGAAGGAGAACCAGAGUAAGAUUAAGGAGCUAUGCGAGACGUUGACCGAGUUGUUUGAAGCAAAGGAGUGGGACAAAGCUGCGUUAGCCACCAUCCGACUCAAGUACUGCUACAACAUCAAAAAUGCAUUGAAGGAGUGGGAAGCAGGCAAGCCUGUAACGUUGACGCACUAGUUGUGGAUAGUUAGGAUUGGAUAUUAUCGUUUUUUUAUUAUAUAGUGAAAGACAAGAAAAAGAACAGGUACUUAAAUUAUUAAAUGAAGAUUGAAGAAUGGGAUAGUAUGGUGUGGAGCUUGGGAAGGAAAAAAGAGAUUUAAAGUAGUACAUAAAUUAGGAACGAGUGAACUGAGAGUGGUAUUGAUUGAAUUUUAAAUUGUGACGAUAUGGAAGAUUAACAAAUAAGAAAACAAAUCAUUAAGAAAAAGGUAAGAAAAGAGGAAAACAU